CCUCUCCGAAUUCCGUCCAAAUCCGCGGGGCCCCUUUUCCCAUAGCUGAGGCUUGGCUGCAGUGGAUGGAAACUAAUAGGGAGAUGACGGGGUCCAGCACGUCUCCGUCGGCGGCAUGCGCAGCCGCGAUCUCUGCGGUGCUAGACGACGACGACCUCCUCCGCGAGAUCCUGCUCCGCCUCGCCUUCCCCACCACCCUCGUCUGCGCCGCCCUCGUCUGCAAGCGCUGGCUCCGGCACGUCUCCGAACCGGCCUUCCUCCGGCGCUUCCGAGAGCGUCACCCGCCCGCACUUCUGGGCUUCUACCUCAGGGAAAUGGGCUCAUGGCGCCCGCAGUUCGUGCCCGUCUCACAGUCCCCUGAGCUCUCCGCCGCCAUCCGCCGUGCGAGCGUAACCGACGGUCAAUUCUUCAUCAGCGACUGCCGAAACGGGCGCCUCCUCGUCACGGAUUUCGACCCCACAUCCUGCCGACAAGCUGUACUCAGCCCGUUGCAGCCUACGUGUGCAAAGGCCAUCCUCCCACCGCCACCGAAGCAUAGUCUCAUAUGGUUCUUCCUCUCCGAGAGAGAGGAGGAAGGCAGCAACGACGGUGCCGGUGCCAUCGCUGUAUUGAUGCUGCCUAUCGGUACGGAAACAAAACUCCAAGUGGAUUUGCUCACUCCACGGUCUGGCGUCUGGGUCGUCCGUCGCAGUGAAGUAAUACUUCUCCCGGAGAAUUUGCCUCCGAUUGCGUACACGCUGCCGCCGGUCCGAGGCAAGAUCUACAGCUUGACCAAGUCCGGGCAAGUUCUCCGGUUGGAUAUGGCCGCCAGCACGAGUUCUCUUCUCCGGCUCCCAGACAGAGUGAGGACGGACAACUUCAUGAUAUCAAGUGGAGAGGAUGGUUCUAGGCUAUUCCUCAUCCACGCCGACGGGUAUCAGCUCAGCGUCUGGCACCUUCCCACCACCAGCAGCGAUGCAAAUGACUGGCUGCUGGUGUAUGACAAAAUUCGUGUGCGUGAGGCGUGCAAUCGUCUUGAGGAUGUUCUGGUGAUGGCGGUUGAUGACAGUCUCGAGUUUGUGUUCCUCUGGCUGCGAUCGAGUGCGGUUCUCAUGCAUAUGCAUCUGCCGAGCAGGAAUGAGAAGGUAUAUAACGAGUUGAAUGUGCGUGAUGGGUACUUCUUAGAUAUCAAUCCCUUCAUGAUGGUUUGGCCUCCGGUGUUCCCAGUAUUGAGGGAAGAGGCUGAUCUGGCAUGAUUUACACUAUUGUAUGCAUUUCUUUCACUAUAUAACUUCCUAGGCCAAUCUUGAGGAGUGAUCUGGUAUGAUUUACACUAUUGUAUGCAUUUCUUUCACUGCCUAUUUAAAAGAUUUGAGUGGGCAAUCACUGUCACAUCUCUUCUAGGUGGUAUAUAGUACUUGUGAUAUAUCUGUUGAUUCAGAAUUUCAUAACUGGCUAUGA